AUGGACGAAAUCAAAGCUCUCAACGACUCCGUCGGCCAAGCAAUCCCAGCCGUCCUCCCAGCAACCAUUAAAACAUUCGUCCCACUCCUGAUGAAGAACAAAGCCGCAGUCCACGCCAUCCCACCCCAAACUGAACCGUACGGCUCUCAUCCCCGGCAAAAACUCGAUCUCUACCACCCAAAAGAAGAUUCUAAAAGCUCUCCAAUUCUGGCUUUCUUCUACGGCGGUGGUCUCAUCCGAGGCGAUAAGAUUAUCCCUGAGGUUCCUGAGGGUCUGGUUUAUGCGAACCUUGGCGCUUUUUUCGCAUCACGUGGAAUUACAACAGUGAUUGCAGACUACCGACGGGUGAACUCGGAGACUGGAGGCGAGGAUGCUGUUUUCCCUUCUGGUGGCGAAGAUGUCUCUCUCGUGCUGAAGUGGCUGGAGACGUACGCUGGGGACGGCAAGAGAGAUGUCUAUAUCUGUGGGAAUUCAGCCGGUGGUGUGCAUAUCUCGACGUUUCUAUUUGAGCCAAGAUUUCUGGAGCAAAGGAGAUCUUAUAUUUCUGGCAAUUCGGCGAUUACGCUGAAAGGAGCUAUUGAGCAGUCUGUGCCUCUGCAUUUUAAAAAUGUAGAUGAGUAUCGAUUUGUGACGUUGAAGUUGUAUUAUGGAUCGAUGGAGGAAGUUAGCCACCGUUGCGCUUAUGGGUUACUUGAAGCAAUUGCUAAGUCUGGAAAGUCGAGAGAAGAGGUAGGUGUGCCGAAGAUGUUGGUCCUAUUGGGAGAUUUUGAUCCCGAGAAUGAGAUCGGACAGCCGACAGAAGAUUUUGUUGCUUUAUGGAAGAAAACAUGGGGAUGUGGGCUUGAUUUCAUGAAGAUGGAGGGCCAUAAUCAUAUUAGUCCCCCCCUGGCUCUUCUGAGUAACGAUAUGAAAGGGGAGAAAUGGGGACAGGAUGUUGUGAAGUGGAUUCAGGGAUCAAGUAGUGGAAAACUCUAG